GCACACACAACACAUAUAUGGCUAUAUAUUGAUACUCCUAGUUUGAACACUCUUAUUCAUCAAAUCAUCUCUCUUUAUAGUAACACCACCAGUAAAGUAACAUAUUAUCAACACCACAUCAUAUAUAUGGGUUCUACUGAUAAUGAUCACCACCAGGGAGAUAAGUACAGAUCUUACAUGUAUGGAGAUGAGCAUAAAGAUGUACACUGGAGGCAUGGUGGUCCUCCUAUCUACGACCUCGUUAAUGAACUCUUUCAGCAAGGCCAAACAAACGUAUGGCCAGAGGGAUCUUUAGAGGAAACCGUACAGAACGCCAUUAAAACAUGGGAAAUGGAGCUUUCUCACAAAACUCGACUACAGGACUUCAAAACUAUCAACCCAGAAAAAUUCAAGUUAUUUGUUAAUGGAAGAGAGGGAUUAUCAGGAGAAGAGGUCCUGAAAUUAGGGAGUUACAACGCUUUGCUGAAAACAUCUUUGCCCGAGGAAUUUCAAUACUACAAAGCUGAUGAAGAGAGCUUUGCAUCUUCUCAUGACAUAUUUAGAUCAGCGUUUCCUCGUGGUUUUGCUUGGGAAGUUAUUAAGGUCUACUCGGGGCCACCUCUAAUUGCUUUUAAGUUCAGACACUGGGGUUACAUGGAAGGUCCUUUCAAAGGUCAUGCACCCACUGGCCACAAAGUCGAGUUUUAUGGCUUGGGUAUUCUCAAGGUAGAUGACACUUUAAGAGCUGAAGAUGUGGAGAUCUAUUAUGACCCUGGGGAGCUUUUUGGAGGUCUACUCAAAGGACCCAAAAUAGAUUCUUCAAAUUUAUCCCAAGAAGAACAUGAAAAGAGUACUCCAUCCACCAGUGCUCAAGGAUGCCCUUUCUAUAAGGAGGAUUGAAUUGUACAACCCCAUAUAAGUUGUGUUUCUGAUAUUUAAAUUUGCAAUAAUCAUGUCCGACUCCUUUGUGAUUAUGUUUAUUUUAGAAGCAUAAUGUUACAUAUGUUUGAGAUAGGUUGUUAUUAUAUGGGUUCGGAUUGAUUGGCAUUUUAAAUAUUUGGGUUUGAAA